UUUGGCUGGAUAUCAAAUUCAUUCAAUAUUGAGAUGCAAAAUGCCUCUGCUGUUUCCUGCUUAUCCUACUACCUCCGAGAUCUUCAAAAUUGUUGUAGAUUCUCAAAGAUUGGUUCAAAAUACACGAACAAUCGAGCCCAGUUGCAGUUCUAUCGCCGUUUGCCUGCCUUUUCUAUAUCAUCUUCUUCUUCAAUAUCAAUGUCCAAGAAGAAGCUAGUGUGGAUAUGGACGGAGAACAAGCAAGUCAUGACCGCCGCUGUCGAAAGAGGAUGGAACACGUUUCUCUUCCCUUCGCAUCGUCGCCAACUUGCCGACGAUUGGUCUGCAAUGGCGUUUAUAUCCCCUCUUUUAAUCGAGGACAGACAGGUUUACGAUGGCGACCGCAAAUUAAUCUCCACAUUUUCCGAGAUUUCUUCUCCCGCACAAUUAGAACAACUGAAACCGGAAAAUGAGCCUGCUGAUAAUAUUAUUGUAAACUUAUCAGAUUGGCAGGUGAUACCUGCAGAAACUAUUGUUGCAGCUUUUCAAACAAGUCAUAAAACUGUGUUAGCCAUCUCAAAGACCUCAAAUGAAGCACAGACUUUCCUUGAGGCCUUAGAAUUGGGUUUAGGUGGAGUUGUUUUAAAAGUUGAGGAUGUAGAAUCAGUUCUUGAGUUGAAGGAUUAUUUUGACAGAAGAAGUGAACAAGAUAAUAUACUGGAAUUGACCACAGCUGUUGUUACUCGUGUAGAAAUGGUUGGAAUGGGAGAUCGUGUUUGUGUCGAUCUUUGCAAUCUCAUGAUACCCGGUGAAGGGAUUUUGGUUGGUUCAUUUGCUAGAGGCUUGUUCCUCGUCCAUUCUGAAUGCUUAGAGUCCAAUUACAUCUCCAGCAGACCAUUCCGGGUUAAUGCAGGUCCUGUACAUGCCUAUGUGGCAGUUCCUGGAGGAAGAACAUCUUACCUUUCAGAGUUAAAAACUGGUAAAGAGGUAAUUGUUGUUGACCAAGAUGGUAGACAACGAAUUGGAAUUGUUGGGCGCGUGAAGAUUGAGACAAGACCACUUAUAAUUGUCGAGGCUAAGAUAAAAUCGAAUGAUCAAAUUCUCUGUAGUAUUCUUCUACAGAAUGCGGAAACAGUGUCCCUUGUCACUCCUAAAGGGGGGAACGGUUAUAAGACUGCAUCGUCAAUAGCUAUUACUUCUCUUAAAGUUGGUGAUGAAGUACUACUGAGAACUCAAGGCGACGCUCGUCAUACUGGAAUCGAAAUACAAGAAUUUGUUGUUGAGAAAUGAUUUGCUCUUUGGCCACUAGAAAAUGGUAAAUUUACUUGUGAGAUCAUGAAUUAGUUACUCAAUGUCAAUAAAUACAGAUUUUAACAAUUUCAUAUUUGAAUUAAUCAGAUAUAUAUAAUUCCAAUGUUUUGUUUCA